CUACAAGAAAUUAAGAGUGCUUUGUACUGCAUAUCUGUAACUAUACACCCGGAAACAUUCCAGCUUCUCAAAUUCUCUCUAAAUUUUCAAGAUCUCUAACCAUCUUAUUUCCUACCGGUAUGGAUACUGGAUCUUCCUCAUCCUUAGAGUUGCCACAGCAGUUCCGUCAGUUUACACUUUCUGAGAUUCACUCAGCAACCCAAAACUUUGAUGAGUCAUUGGUAAUCGGGCGUGGGGGUUUUGGCAUGGUUUACAAAGGAACCAUCACUAAUGGGGCAACUCAUUUGGUUGCCGCUAUUAAGCGCCUCGAUUCAACCUCUAAUCAAGGAGAAAUAGAGUUCAGGGCUGAAGUUGAGAUGCUUUCUAAGUUAAGGCACUGUCACUUAGUGUCUUUGAUUGGUUAUUGCAAUGAUGGGCAAGAGAUGAUUCUUGUUUACGAUUAUAUGUCCCAUGGAACCCUUGCAGAUCAUCUUCACAAAUUCCAGAGUCCUUUACCUUGGGUCAGACGACUCAAAAUAUGUUUAGGGGCCGCCCGCGGAUUAGAUCACCUUCACACUGGUGUGGGUAUUAAGCAAGGAGUUAUACAUCGUGAUGUUAAGAGCUCAAAUAUAUUGUUAGAUGACAGCUGGGCGGCUAAGAUUUCAGAUUUUGGGUUGUCAAAACUUGGUCCAGUUAAUCAACCGUCCACUUAUGUUAACACUUUUGUUAAAGGCACUUUUGGAUACCUGGAUCCAGUCUACUUUGCAACAGGCAGACUGACGAGAAAGUCUGAUGUGUAUGCGUUUGGGGUAGUAUUAUUUGAAGUCUUGAGUGGAAAACAAGCGGUAGAUAGUAGUCUUGAUGAGGAGCAUUGGGGUUUAGUAAAUUGGGCCCAAGAAGCUCUGAAAGGAGGUAGGCUAAAGCAAAUUGUUGAUCAUACCAUAACAGACAGAAUCUUGCCUAAAUGUUUGAAGGAGUUUGGAUGGCUUGCAAAUAGGUGUUUGCAUAACAAUCCAAAGCAACGACCUACAAUGUCUGAAGUUGUAGUCUCUCUUGAGUCUGUAUUAGCCCUACAGGAGAAAGCUAAUUACACAUUGCACCCUCCGGGCAUGAAAAUAUUUGGUAAUAAGGUGCCAAUGUUUCUGUCUUCAUUCAGUGGGGAUAAUUCAGUUGGGAGUAAAAGAUCUUUGGAGUUAUACUUUGAUACUAUUGGAGGUGAACACAGAAUAUUACGCAGGUUUGAGUUCCAGACUAUCGUUGUCGCAACUGAGAACUUUUCUGAGACUAAUCUAAUUUCACCAUUGUUCUCUGGUCUCUACAUUUACAAGGGCAGGCUACAAAAUGGACAAGGAGUAUCAAUUGCCAGACAUAGUUCUGGAUCCAGAUCUGAAUAUUAUAAAAAUGAAGUGGCGUUGCUGGUAAAACUUGAGCAUGAGAAUUUGCUUAAGUUGGUUGGAUAUUCCAUCGAAGGAACAGAAGUAUUCCUUGUCUAUGAGUUUGCACUCUAUGCACGUCUAGAUCGCUUGAUAGAUGAUCAUGAAUGUACUCUAUUGGACUGGAAUAAGCGCAACAAAAUAAUACUAGGUGUUGCUAGGGCACUUCUGUACCUUCACCAGCAUGGUUCCUUUCGGAUCAUACACAAUCAUGUCUAUCCUAAAAACAUUCUUUUAGAUGAAAGUUUGGACCCCAAACUGUCAUCUUUUGGGUUUGCAAGAUGUUUAGCAAUAAACGGGGCUGAUUGCAUCGAAGAGGAGAACAUACAUGGAUCUAUGGUAUUUAUUGCACCAGAAGUACAUCAGACUUUACGUCUGACAACUAAGGCUGAUGUGUAUUGUUUUGGUGCUUUGAUCUUAGAAACUAUAUCUGGGUGUACAAGAUACAAUUACAUGUUCAACCACACAGACAACGAUACCCUUACACAUUCUGUGUGGACAAAUUGGGUGAAAGGAACAUCUUCAAAUAUAAUUGAUCCUAGAAUCCAUGCCCAUUCAAGCUCCAUUACAAGAGUCAUCCACAUUGGGCUGUUGUGUGUUCAAGUAGAUCCAGCUGAUAGACCAACAAUGGAGGAAGUUGUUGGCAUGCUGACUAGCAAUUCAUCUCUCCCUCUCCCUUUACAAAAAAAAUCUUUGUCACCAUGGAUAAGAGAAAAGUCUUCAGAUGUCCCAAAAAUAUUACUGUCCGAUGACUACGAUUCUGGGGCAGUUGAGGACUUCCUAUCAGAGCUAUGCCCUCGAUAGUGUUUUGCAGGAAUUUAUAUAACUUUCAAAUUCCCUUAUUAAAACCAGUGGUAGAACUUUUCUUUAAGAAGUCAAUAGAUGCUCAAGAGUCAAGAUCAAAGAAACCAGAUCUUGUAUUAUAAGUCUCUUAUUAUUAUUAUUUUUUUUUGUAGGUUAAGCAAAAGCCCAUUUGUGAUAAUAUCUUGAGUUGUUAUAAUGCUGAAAUUUCUUAAAACACAA